AAUAUGUUUUGGUCAGAAUCACACUUUUAGAGCAAAAGUGCUGAGAAUAGAGCAAUGAUCUCAGCUAUGAAAUCUGAACUUUAUGCUAGUGGUGGCUGAGACGGAUUCUGGGUGGGUUCCCCCUUCCCUGCCCUCCCUUUUUGUAUACACAGCCAGAGUAUUCAGAGAAGUAAUUUUGACUAUUUCUACCUCCUUGCCAUUCUAUGAGGUCAACCUGGAAGCUUUUUACUUUUAAAAAUAUAUAACAAAGCUGAUCUGAAAUAUACAGAAGUUUUCUGGAAUCCGUUAAGCCAAACACCAGGACUCUGUAGUGAAUCUUUCAGCGCUGAGGAUUUCAACUGUAUCACUGGACUGAAAAAAGUCACAAUAUGCAAGAGGAAGAGCCAUUUCAUUGGAUGGAGAAGUUCAUAGAAGCCAUAAUGUUUCCUCCAGCACAUAUCGUAUCAUACUUUGGAACCAACUGUUAAAUACGAUGACAUGUCUCUAGCAAUCAGAAAAAGGAGCUGGGAAGAACAUGUAACCCAGUGGGUAGGCUUGCGUUUUGGGUCUCUAGAUUCUAAUAUAUUAUGCAGGCAUGGCUUAAUAGUUGACAACUUGCAAGCAGGCAUGGAAAAGAAUGAACUUUGGUGUGAAAACCUGAAAGAAAGAAGUGCUUCCUUGCCAGAUUGCGGUCAAGUUGGAGAGCUGGUAGCCUUCUCAUCAAAGCUUUUCAGUAAUGUUUCCGAAGAAUUAGAUGAAAAUGAAAAUCAUCAAGAAGAAGGAGAAUUUCUCUCUCUGGAAGCCAGUAUGGAAACUUUAGUCAAUGUUUCUGUUGGAAGUGAUGAUGGCAAUGGUGACAGCAAGAACACAGCGCUCCCAUUGGAGACCAUCAACUACCAGUUUUUGCCUAUUGAAGAUAAAUUGUUAGCUAAAAAGAAUAGUUUAGAGGAACCUUCAGUGAAGAUCCACCCAGAGGUAGAAGCAAAGAAAGAAUGUAAUCAUACCACUGAACCAACUGAGGAAAUGAACAACUCAAGUUAUGAGAAAUCAGUGAAAGAAGAUAGCAGGAAAAAAGUUCUCACUCUUGGCUACCACAGCUCUAAUGAAUGUAAAGAUGCCACAAAAGAAAAAAAUUGUGACCCUUCUGUGGAGAAAAGUAUGUCUGAGGAGCAGACAGUACAUGGAGUCACAGCUCUGCAACAGCAUGAAAAAUUAGAUGUUCCUCAUGAGAAUGACUGCACUUUGUUCCAUGAUGAACAUACCCCUUUUCAGCAUUGUGGUAACGAUGUAACUACAGGAGAUUCCAAUAAUUUUCUUGUGCUAUCACCUGGUUCUCACAUCCAGUCGGAGGAUAAAAAUACGGAUGCACACGACGUGACGGAUUCUCAGAAUGAAUGCAUUCUGAAUGUGCCCUUGGUGGAAGUAUCUGAUUUAAAGAAUAAAAUGGUCACACACCAACCUACAGACUGUCAAGUCAUCCUGCGCAAAAAAAAGGAAGCGAGAGACCAAGAUCAGUCACGAUUGGACUCCAUGGUACUACUUAUUCUGAAACUGGAUCAGCUGGACCAGGAUAUUGAGAAUGCUCUCAGCAUAAGCUCUUCGCCAUCCAGCACAUUGACACACCCACGGAAGCCCAUCCCUGAUUUGGAGUCACAUCCUGGAGGUACAGCAGACAUCAUUACUUUGAAUAACCAGCAAACAAGCAUACCACCAUCACCUCCUCUACCUCCUGCUCUCUAUGGUGCAAAUAAAGGAUUUCCCAUUCCAAUGGCUGGUUCUGGAGCAAAACCAAAGGCUGGGGCUAUGCCAGUUAUUACAGAAAAGGCGAAGGCUGAGAUUGAAGCUAAGGAAGCAUGUGAUUGGCUGCAAGCAGCAGGAUUCCCCCAGUAUGUUCAACUUUAUGAGGAUCUUAUCUUUCCCAUUGACAUCACUUCAGUGAAGAGAGAACAUGAUUUUCUGGACAGAGAUGCCAUAGAAGCCUUGUGCAGGCGUUUAAAUACUUUAAACAAGUGUGCAAUGAUGAAACUAGAAAUCAGUACACGUAGGAAACGGAGUGAAGAUUCAGAUGAAGAUGAGCCUUGUGCAAUCAGUGGAAAGUGGAUGUUCCAGAGGGACAGCAAGAGGUGGUCCAGACUGGAAGAAUUCAACAUCUUCCCUCCAAAGCUCGAUAUGAAUUCCACAUCCCCAGAAGUGGCUCAUCUGAGCAGUGCAACCAGUCAUGAGAGUAUGCUGAUGGAGCAGAGUGAACACCAUGAGGUUGCUUCCAUUCACAGUAUGAGCAGCAGCCACAGCCACCCAGCCACCUCUCAGAGUGAUAUAGCCACCACUAGGACAAACUCGGUCAUUAGCAUUACCUCUUCAGGAAAGCUUGUGGAAAAUGAAGGCAGUUUGCCCUCAACUAAAGAGUUACCAAGUUUCAGUUGCAGUGUGAAAGCAAGUGAGAAGAAUACCAGGUCCAAAACAAGGAGCCUGUUAAAGAGGAUGGAAAGCCUUAAAAUAAAAGGCUCUCAUCAUGGGAAAAGUAAAGCUCCUUCAAAGCUUGGCCUGAUAAUCAGUGGUCCAAUUUUGCAGGAAGGCAUGGGUGAAGAGAAAUUAAGGCAACUUAAUUGUGUGGAGAUCUCCACUCUCAAUGGCAACCACAUCAAUUUUCCCAUGGUACGCAAAAGAAGCGUUUCCAAUUCCACGCAGACCAGCAGUAGCAGCAGCCAGUCAGAGACAAGCAGUGCAGUUAGCACUCCUAGCCCCAUCACAAGGACACGUAGCCUUGGUGCCUACAAUAAGCGUGUGGGGAUGUAUCUAGAAGGCUUUGAUCCUUUCAACCAAUCAACAUUUAAUGAUGUCAUGGAACAAAACCUUAAAAACAGGGAUUGCUUUGCAGAAGAUACUGUCUUUUUCAUCCCUGAAGACCACAAACCUGGAACGUUUCCCAAGGCACUCUCCAAUGGUAAUUUUGGUCCAUCAAAGAGUAGUUCAGUGAACUGGAGAACAGGAAGCUUCCAUGGACAUGGACAUCUUUCUCUCCGGCGUGAGAACAGUUCUGACAGCUCCAAAGAUAUGAGCAUAGGAAAGAGACGCAACUCCUCCAGUUCAAUGUGCAGUCGCCUCAGCAUUUAUGACAAUGUUCCAGGUUCUAUAUUAUAUUCUAGCACAGGAAACCUGGCUGAUCUGGAGAAUGAGGACCUCUUUCCUGAGCUUGAUGACAUCCUGUAUCAUGUCAAAGGCAUGCAGAAAAUUGUGAACCAAUGGUCAGAGAAAUUUUCUGAUGAAGGAGACUCUGAUUCAGCUGUAGACUCAGUUUCUCCGUGCCCUUUAUCUCCCAAGCAAAUCCUACUAGAUGUGGACAAUGAUAGGACCAUGCCCAGUGAUCUUGACAGCACAGGAAAUUCAUUGAAUGAAACAGAGGAGGCUGUAGGAAUCCAGGAAAGAAGGGAUUCUGGGGUGGGGGCAUCCCUGACACGCUCCAACAGACACAGAAUGAGGUGGCAUAGUUUUCAGAGUUCCCAUCGACCCAGCUUAAGCUCAGCAGCCUUACAGAUUGACUGUCAGUCCGUUGCACAGAUGAACCUGCUGCAGAAAUAUUCCCUCCUGAAAUUAACUGCACUGUUGGAGAAAUACACACCUUCCAACAAACAUGGUUUCAGCUGGGCUGUGCCAAAGUUUAUGAAAAGAAUAAAAGUCCCGGAUUAUAAAGACCGAAAUGUGUUUGGAGUUCCCCUAAUAGUUAACGUCCAACGUACCGGGCAACCUGUUCCUCAGAGCAUUCAACAAGCUAUGAGAUACCUUCGUAACAACUGUUUGGAUCAGGUUGGCCUUUUCCGAAAAUCUGGAGUCAAAUCAAGAAUCCAGGCAUUGCGACAAAUGAAUGAGAAUGCAGUAGGCAAAAUGAAUUAUGAAGGGCAGUCCGCUUACGAUGUGGCUGAUAUGCUGAAGCAGUAUUUCCGCAACCUGUCAGAACCACUCAUGACCAACAAGCUUUCAGAGACUUUCUUACAGAUCUACCAGUAUGUGCCAAAAGACCAGCGUCUCCAAGCAAUCAAGGCAGCCAUUAUGCUUCUACCAGAUGAGAACAGAGAGGUCCUACAGAUUCUUCUGUAUUUUCUGAGUGAUGUCACCGCUGCUGUGAAAGAAAACCAGAUGACACCAACUAACCUGGCGGUGUGUUUAGCACCUUCUCUUUUCCACUUGAACACCCUUAAAAGAGAAAAUUCUUCCCCAAGGGUAAUGCAGAGGAAACAGAGUCUGGGAAAACCGGAUCAGAAAGACUUAAAUGAGAACUUGGCUGCAACCCAAGGCCUAGGCCACAUGAUUGCUGAGUGUAAGAAGCUUUUUCAGAUCCCAGAAGAAAUGAGCAGAUGUCGGAAUUCUUAUACAGAACAAGACCUUAGACCCCUCAGCUUAGAGGACUUGGGACGAACUAACAACUCGGAGUCUGCCAAUUAUCAUUCUUAUAUCCAGGACUGUGUGGAUGAUUUGUUCAAGGAAAUCAAGGAUAAAUUUAAGGGCUGGGUCAGUUGUCCCACCUCAGAACAAGCAGAACUCGCCUAUAAAAAGGUUUGUGAAGGUCCACCUCUGCGACUAUGGAAAUCCAUUAUUGAAAUCCCUGCAGCUCCUGAAGAAGUAUUAAAUCGUAUCAUUAAAGAACAGCAUCUUUGGGAUGAGGAUCUUUUAGAUGCUAAAGUAAUUGAGACUUUGGACAGCCAGACUGAUGUUUAUCAGUUUGUACAAAACAAUAUGGCACCACACCCAGCAAGAGACUAUGUCAUCCUCAGGACUUGGAGGACCAAUCUCUCUAAGGGAGGAUGUGCACUCUUAAGCUUCUCAGUGGACCAUGACCGUGCACCCAUCCUUGGUAUUAGAGGGAAUGUGCUGUUGUCCAGGUAUCUUAUUGAACCUUGUGGAGUAGGAAAAUCCAAACUCACCUAUAUGUGUCGAAUUGAUUUAAGGGGGCACAAGCCUGACUGGUACACAAAAGCUUUUGGGCACUUGUGUGCAGCUGAGGUUGUGAGGAUUAGAGACUCUUUCAUUAAUCAGAAUCUGGAGACUAAGGAAGCAACAUCCAGGUGAUGAAGCAAUUGAACCAGCACAGCACCAGCCUAUGUAGAGGUUUUCAGAAAAGACUGAUUUUCUGCCCCAGGAUGGAUCAUCUAUCCAUUAAGUUUUGUCCUGAAGAGAAACUUUCUGGAAUGAGUCUGAGAUUGUCAUCAAAAUUCUGUGACAAUCCCAUGCAUUUUUAAAGCUGCUUUUGUGUCUGUGUUAGGCCUAUAGUGUAGGUCUUAACUGGAAUAUUUUGGAUGGUGCAACUUUUUUUUUUAAGGUAAGGUUAAUGUUGCUUAGGUGCUGUGAAUUGCUUCUGAGAAGCAAAGCUCUAAGACUUAAAUAUAUUUCUGGAAUAUAGUGAAAAUGGUUCAUUCCUAUAUGAUGUUAGCUUUAUGUAUGUAUCUGUAUGUUGUUUGCUGAGGGACUGUUGCAGCCACUGGAUUUGGUGUGUUCCUCAGUGGAUUCUCGCUAAAGUAAGUGAAGGAAGGCUUGCAUGAAGGCAGAGAUACGAAUGACUGUCUAACUUGUUGACUGGAGUAUGAAGGGGCAGAAUGGUAGAAUCAGAGUGUCUGGUACACUUGGAAGGAAUUGGGAAGAAUUUAAUGUGUGGGAAAAGAAUCAGCCUAGAAUCCUAUUGGUCCAAGAGACCAUUACAAGCUUCAAGUCUUCACUCCUAUGAGUUCUUAUUACUGAUGUGUGUAUCUAACAGCUGAAAAAUGUGGGCUGUAUCAGGCAGGGCAAAAAAUGGUGAAAAGCAGAACACUUGAAACUGAUGGGUUUUUUAAAGUUAUUUAAAAUUGCCAAAUAUACUUCAAUAUGUGUCUGUUGUAUGGCAAACAUUUUUAUGUGUUCCUGUUUGGAAGCUCCCAGAAUCACAGCUUUUCGUAGCUUCUUUAUGAGGGUACCUAUAGGGGCAUGUGCUUGCCAUAGCUGGACUUCAUAUUAUUAUUAGGAGUACUUUCUUAACAAUCUGUAAAGAGCAUCUCAAAAAACUGUGAAUGAAGUGGCAGCCCCAGAAAGUCUCUCCAGGUCUGAAUGUCUUGGAAAUAACAGUGCAGCGAUCCUGAUAUAUAGGAUUCCAAGGGAAGAGAUGAUUUGGAGUGUGUAAGGGCACUCAUAUAGCACCUAACCUUUAAAGAAGCUGUGUUUUUUCUUGGAUGCAUUUGGUUGUCCACAGCUGCAGCAGAUGUCCAGGGAAAGUCUCCUUUGGGUUAAGGCAGUGUGUGAGUGCCAACAUGGUCCCCAGAUCACUUUUCCUAUACCCAGUCUUUUUCCUAGACACUCAUCUGUUAAGAUACAAAUAGAAGCCUUAAAAAUCUUCUUUGUUUAAUUAAUAUCAUAGGAAUAAAUGUUUGUAGUUUGAGAACAGGGCCGAAACUGCUUUCAGUAGCUGAAAAGGGCAGCACUGGAAAACGGCAUAACUGGAACCUUAUGAAGUUCUAAAGUGAUUCAGUAUAGUGGAUACCCUUAGGAGUUAAAGAUAUUCAUAUAUCCCAUUCCACUGUAACCAUAUAACCUCAUUUAUUGACAUGGUUUGGAGGAAAAUAUCCCCCAAAUUUAGAAGCAAUGUAGUUGGGUAAAAAAGAAUACUCUUGCCACAAGAUUAUAUGACAUAAUAAAAAGAACUGCAGGUUAAAAUAAACAGAUUAAAAUUAUCAAGAGUUCUAUCAUGAACUUUUUAUAGGACGUCCCAGAACUAUAAGCUGGAGCAGCCAGGAUAGCAAUAAUAAAUGAAGAUAUCUAGGAAGAUACAUGUAGGAUGUUGUUGUUUUAUCUGUCUAAAAGCUAUAGAUUAACUGUCGUGUGGUUUUUUGGGGGAGUCAAAUUAUUAUUUUGCAUGUAAUAUUGUCAACAAUUUCAUAUGCAUUAUAUAUUAGUAAGGAAUCUUUUCAAAAACCUUUAGAGAAUGACACAGUUUUCGUGAUAGAAUUUACUGUAAAAACAACAAAGCACAGAGGAGAUAAAUGCUGUCCUUCCUCCUUGCUUCAGACUAUACAGAUAGUGCUCACUUAACAACCAUAAUUGGGACCGGAAUUUAGGUUGCUAAGUGAUACGGUCAUUAAGCAAAUCCAGACCCAUUUUACGACCAUUUCUACAGCAAUCGUUAAUAAAAUCACAUGAUCAUUAAGUGAGAUCAUGCAGUUCCCCAUUGAUUUUGCUUGUCAGAAGCCAGCUGGGAAGGUCAAAAAUGGCAGUCAUGUGACCGCAGGAUGCUGAGAUGGUGGUAAAUGUGUGAUGGUUGCCAAGUGCCUGAAUUGCAAGCACAUGACCAUGGGAAUUCUGCAAUGGUCGUAAGCUGGUUUUUCAGCACUGUUGUAACUCCAGACAGUCAUUAAACAAAUGGUCAUUAAGCAAGAACUACCUCUAUGUGCUUUCUUCUGAUGCAUUGGCUGUUGUGAAGAAUAGAAAAUCAUUGUAAACCAUGCUGUUAAAUAGCACUGCUGUUUUGUAAUUCAGGGGUGAACCUAGCCCAAAAGCAGGACUUCGUCUCUUGCUGUGAAGCUAAUCCCCCGCCCUUCCCAAAUCUGCUAUGGUGCCCCAUUAUAAAAAUUAUACUUUGACAGAUGCACGGUUCAUGCAGAGAUGCACUGAAUCAGUGUCAGGUGUGAAUGAUGUGAAAUAAAAUGAAAGUGAUUUGUCCGUGUAUCUGAAAUAAAAUCAUUGUACAGAUCCAUUUGAAUAGUUUGUGACUGCUAAAACCAGUAACUUUUAGCCCUCCUUUCGCUUAGCUAUUACAGCUGCAAAUUACUGCCAGGAUGUGUGUUGUAACCAAAGCUUAUGUGAAACUGGCAGUUGCCGCAUCUUGGUCAUUCAGAAGAGACCUGUGCAAUGUCCACAUGGCCUUCUUUCCCAACCUUGGGACAGUGGCAUGUUUAGAAGGAGCUCUUAAAUACCAUUGUCAGUAUUAUUUUUUUUCAUAGAUUGUUUGAGAUGAUUUUGAGAGUAUUAGGAAGAGUUCUCCCUAGUUCUGCAACUGUAUUAGUGCCCCAUUGGGUUGCUUGUGUGUCUAUUUUUUUUCCUCUUUGUUCAAACUACAAGCAGUGUUAUGUAGAUGCAAAACUCAGGCUUACACAGGUUCAUAGAGAAGGUCUGCACGGUAGGUUAGGAAGCUUCCUUGUAUCUGUUUCAAGUGUUUCAGAAGAUGGUGUUCCUUGUGAUGUUCUUCUCAUGGGACAUAAAUGCAAACCCAGAAAUGAAUACUUACGAGGGACACCACCACCCAGAAUCACAUAUAGACUGGUAUGAACUGUUUCAGGUAAACUGGGGGAGUGGGGAGGCAGGCAGAGAAGCAGGAGCUGUUCUAGGUCAAAUCCUCCCAUUAGCUGCUUUUCCCAAUGUCUUGUGUUUCAAAUGUAUGAAGCUUAACCUUAGACUAUAAGGCGGUCUUCCCUGAUCUGAUGCCCUUCAGUUGCCCAUUGCAUCUGGAGGACAAUAGUGAAUAAAGACCACCUUACUCUUAGCCUAGAAACCCUGGCAGUCAUUCCACUGAUGUCACUGUAAAAUGUAUUGCCAGGUGAGGGUGUUUGGUAUUGUGCCAUUUAUAGUUAUCGUCAGUAGGCGAAUUGUGUAUUCUUUGUAUACUUUUUAUUUCUUUAAAUAUGUAAAAAAAUGUAUGUUGUACAUACCAUUCUGCUGUAAACUUGUAGACUUGUUCACACUUCAUUGUCCAACAUAGAUAAAGCAUGAAGAUAAUUAUUUAAGAUAUACUUGUAUUUAUACCUCAGAUAUUCUUUGAAGGAGAGGCAGGGUGUUUGUAUCUCAAGUUGGCUGCCCUUUCCUCCAGUGUAAAUAUGUUCUUCACAACUGAAAAAAAGGUAAAAGAAGAAAAGGUUUAUAGCUUGCUAUUAUAUGCCUGUACAGAACAUAAUCAAUAAAUGCACUAUUAAGUGUUUAUGUCUGUGUGA